AUGGGAUGGUUUUGGGCAGACACCAACGCCUCAGUCGCUAACGCGCGAAGUGCUCCUCACCCAAUGCCCAGCGAUGCCAGUCUAUCACCACCCCCAGGAUGCCCGAUGCACCAAUCUCCCGCCGUGGCAAAACCUCCAGCUCCCCCAGCGGAAUCAGCAUCAGCCUGCCCCUACACACCCCCAGAAGCUACAUCCUCUAAGCAAGAAUCCAAAUCUUCUUCCAAAUACUCCAAAUAUAACCCUCUGAACUACAUGUUCCCCGAUCUUUCUCAGGAGCGUGCCCCAAACCAGACCGUUUCCUUGCCCACCGAACGAGAACCAAGUAGCAUUCCCAAGGGUUCUGGGGAUGGAAACUGGGAAUAUCCGAGUCCGCAACAGAUGUACAACGCCUUACUACGGAAGGGAUAUACAGACACCGAUGCCAGUGCAGUGGAGUCCAUGGUAUCUGUGCAUAACUUUCUGAAUGAGGGAGCAUGGGCGGAGAUCGUGGAAUGGGAGAGGAGGUUUGCCGGCGGCCUUAAGCGCGGUUGGGAAAUGUGUAAAAGAGGAGAACAGGGCAGUAUGGCAGGUGCAGGUCUAGAGGCGGGAGCGAAUGAGGCCGAAGUUAUCCAGCCGAAAUUAAUUAGGUUUAUGGGACGGCCGAAGGAGAUGACGCCCAAGGCUGCUUUUAUUCAAAUCAUGGGGAAGAUUUACCCCAGUGCUUUUGCGACUGAGCCGCCGUUUGAUCGUCAUGAUUGGUUCGUGCAGAGGGAGUAUAAGGGCCAGAAAAAGGAAGUCAGAUACGUGAUCGAUUACUACUCGGGACCUCCGGAACCGACUGGGGAACCAGUCUUCUAUCUCGAUGUUCGACCAGCCCUUACCCCAACUGCGGCGAUUGAGAGGAUGAUGAGAUGGGGAGGAGACGUGUGGUAUAGAGCAAGCGGCGCCAGUGUGAGAGAGAUGGAGAACAAAUAA